GUUUGAAUUUGGUGAAUCAUUUCUUCUGUCAAAAUAAGAGGUGUUUAUCUACAAAAAUGACCGGGAAUUGAUUGUCAUUUAGAAUAAAAAAUAUUAAAUAUUUAUUUUUACAAAUUAUAUUAUACUUCUUAUUAGUUUUUCAAAUUCAAUAUUUAUAAAAUGACAACCAAAGUAGCUAUAGUCACAGGAGGGAAUAGAGGUUUAGGGUUUCAAAUCGUAAAGGGUUUAUGCCAAAAAUUUGAUGGUGCUGUGUAUCUCACAUCUAGAAGCGAAGAAAGGGGCCAAAAAGCCGUCCAAGACCUAGAAGACUUAGGACUACACCCACGGUUUCAUGUUCUUGACGUCACAAGCGAAGAAAGUGUAGAAGACUUUGCAUCCUUUAUUAAAGCUAACCACAUUGGCAUCGAUGUUUUGGUGAACAACGCGGGAGUUCUAGAUUUCGAUAAAUCGGUUUCCUCAUAUGAAGAAGCGAAAAAACUACUUGAUACGAAUUUUUAUAGUCUUCUGAAAAUUUCUCAACAUUUACACCCCAUGUUAACAAAUACUGCUAGAGUUGUCAAUAUCAGUAGCGAUUGGGGUUUGCUAUCAAACAUAAGGAAACAGAUUUGGCUGGAUACAUUAAUAAAAGAUAAUUUAACUGUUGAUGAGAUUUUACAAUUUGUAAGUGAUUUUCUGCAAGCAGCUAAAAAUGGACGGAAUGCAUUCUUUUCUUUUGCUGGUCAUUAUGGUGAUUAUAAAGUUUCCAAGGUAGCUCUAUCUGCUCUAACAUUUGUUCAACAGAGAGAAUACAACAAACAGGGUAAAGACAUAUCUGUAAACUGUGUCCAUCCUGGAUUUGUAAAGACAGAUAUGACAAAAGGAAUGGGUGAUUUUACCCCUGAACGUGGUGCUAGAGCUCCUUUGUACUUGGCAUUGGAAGCUCCCCAAACUCUUAAAGGUACCUUUUUGUGGCAUGAUUGCCAUAAAGUAAACUGGGAUGAUUGAAGAAAUGUUAAUUGUUGUUAUGUUCAUUCCUGUGAUAAUAAUUAGUGUCACAACACUUUAAACUUAAUAAUAUAUGUUUUUUGGUUAUAA